AUGGCUAACCCAAGGGGAGAGUUCAAGGCCAUAACACUAAGAAAUGGAAAAGUUGUGGAAGAAACGCCCCCAACUCAAAGCCACCAGGAAAAAGAAAGUGCAAAGGAACUUAAAUUCAAGAAGAAAGAAAAGAACUCUACACCAUCUUCACCAAAGCAAGUUCUAAAGCCUUAUGUGCCACAAGCACCCUAUCCACAAAGGCUGAGUAAGGAUGGGAAAGAUAGCCAGCUCUCUAAAUUCUUAGAAAUCUUCAAGAAGCUCCAGAUCAACAUACCAUUUGCUGAUGCAUUAGAGCAAAUGCCGCUCUAUGCUAAGUUCUUAAAGGAACUCAUGACAAGGAAGAGAAACAAGGGUGAGAAAGAAACUGUGGUACUUACUGAAGAGUGCAGUGCUAUAAUACAAAAGAAGCUACCCCAAAAAUUGAAAGACCCUGGGAGUUUCCAAAUCCCCUAUAUCAUUGGGGACAUGAAGAUUGAGAAGGCACUAUGUAUUCUCAGAGCUAGCAUAAACCUCAUGUCUUUGGCCACGAUGAAAAGAAUGAGAAUAGAAGAGGCCAAUCCAACAAGAAUGGUGCUUGAAUUGGCUGAUAGAACCUUUAAAUUUUCCCAUGGUGUAGUGGAAGAUCUAUUGGUGAAAGUGGAGGAGUUCAUUUACCCAGCUGAUUUUGUUGUUCUUGAUAUGGAGGAAGAAGCCAACAUAUCAAUUAUCCUAGGAAGGCCAUUCCUAGCUACUGCAGGGGCCAUAAUUGAUGUUCAAAAAGGGGAGUUAGUCUUGAGGUUACACAAAGAGAAGAUGGUCUUCAAUGUCUUCAAGGCAAUGAGCUACCCCAAGGAAUCCAUUGUUGAAUGCAUGAUGGUGGACACAAUUGAGACCCUAGUUCAAGGAGUCCUAGAGGAAGAACAAUGCGAAGAAACCCAAGAUCAAGAUCAACAAGUCUCAUGUGGUUAG